UGUACAUUAUUUUAAAAGAUUUUUCAUUUACUAUUUGUUACUCCAUGACAAAUGUUGGAACUGAAAGUGUGAAGAUCCUGAAACAUGGAUACAAUCAAUAAACAAACGAAUGAAAAUGGGACCAAUGAAGGAUUGAAUAAGACGAAUUCCCUCGAGAAAUUCUACGCCGGUAAUGGGAUCCUUCUGACUGGAGCAACCGGUUUCGUUGGAAAAGCUCUCCUGGAAAAACUGAUCCGCAUGUGUCCACGCAUCGCUGACAUUUUUAUACUAAUUCGUCCAAAAACUAACGAAACGAUAGAACAACGAUUUAAGAAGCUCAUAGAUGAUCCCAUUUACGAUAACAUCAAAGCAAAACACCCCUCGGUUUUGAGCAAAGUUUAUCCCAUGAAAGGUGACGUGAGUCUGCCGGAUUUAGGUCUUUUGCGAGAAGAUAGAAAUCUGUUGUUAGAGAAAGUAAACAUAGUGUUUCACGUCGCGGCCACUGUGAGAUUCAACGAGCCGUUACACGUCGCUGUUAAUGUCAAUACCAAAGGUGCUGCUCGUGUCAUCGAACUUUGGAACGAACUGAGGCAUCCAAUUAGCUUCGUCCACGUCAGCACAGCUUUUAGUAAUGCGAAUCUACGUGAGAUCGAGGAAAAAGUUUAUACCACGAGCUUGAAACCUCCAGAU